AUGCCCAACGAGACGAAUGGUGUUUGUUUUUUCACAAAUGAUCCGCAUAGCGAAGACGAGGAACAAUCUGCGAGCUCUCCAACGGUAAGACAAUUUUGGGAUAAAAUUUUGAGAAUUAUUGUGUUUUUUGCAGACUCGUCCUCCAGUUCUCUCUGCCUUGGACAGCGUGAAAAAUUUUGGAAUGAGUGAGUUUUUGGUGGGACUUUUGGGAGGCCUGGGAUUUAGGCUUUGAUUAAGGUUCUGGUUAAGCCUAAGGUUUUUGUUUAGACUGAAAUUUUGGUUAAGAAUAAAGUUCUGGAUGAGCCUAAGGUAUUUAUUAAGCCUAAGGUUUGUGUUAAGCCUAAGGCUUUGGUUAAGCCUAAGACUUCGGUUAAGCCUAAGGCUUUGGUUAAGCCUAAGCCUUCGAUUAAGCCUAAAGUUUAGAAAAAAGAAUCGUAGCAGUUUUUUUCCAAAAGUCAAGGAGCCCCGCCUAAAGAAUCUAUUUCUCAAGGAUCAGCGACUAGAGACUCUAUUUCUCAAGCAGCAACGCCUAGAGAACCUAUAUCUCAAGGAACCACUCCUAGAGAACCUAUAUCUCAAGCAGCCGCGCCUAGAGAACCUAUUUCUCAAGCAGCCGUGCCUAGAAACAAUUUUGAACUCUAAAAAUUAAUUUUUACGUGACCUAAAAAAAGUGCGUGGAUUUUCUAUUUUUCAACAUUUUAUCAAUUUUUAAAUCAUUUCUGAAUUUCUAAUUGUUUCGAAAUGGGCAAUGAGCAGGCAAAACCAAAGGUAUUUCGAAAUUUCUAGAUUUUCUAACUCAUCUAAACUAAGUAGAUUUUUAUUAGGAACCAUUGCAAAAACAGACAAAAAUAGUUGCGACAAAAAAUUCGCGAAGAAUAGACAAUGUUUCGCCAAUUCUUCGGAUGCGUAAAACCGGAUCAACUGACACUGUAAUCCCAUUGGAUAAGGCGAAAAAAGCGAGAUCUUUCAAUAUGUCGGAAAUUGAUUAUUCGUUAACUGGUGUUGCCAGCUCGUUUGCACCGGUUCCGCUAACAACUCCACCAUCAGAUCCUGAUGUUGUUUUGAGAUCACCAAAUAUGGAGGCAGAACCGGAGCCGGUUAGGAAAUCGAGUUGUUCUUUGAUCAAAUCUGAAUCGCCGAGUCCGAAAAGAAGUAUUAAAAAGAAACGAUCAGAGGAUUCGGAUCCACCGGAGAAAUUUUUCAAAGCUGUUGUAAAAGCGAAAAAAGGAACUAAGGGUUUGAGACAGCUUGUGGGGGUGGAUUCUUUGGGUUUUCUCUAAAAUUUCAUUCAAAAAUAUCCCCAUGAUUUUCUAGAACCUUCUGCAAAAUUGGGUCAGUUUUGAAAUGUUGUGAUUGUGGUUGUGGCUGUCAUUUUUUAUUACAAACGUGAAAAAAAGAAAACGCGAAAAAUAUUUUUUCGAAAAAAAACAAAAAAUACCGUAGUUUUUGAAAGGCGCAACAGUCGAAACACACAGGGUCUCGUCGCGACGAAAAGAACUACGGUAUAUAAUUUUUUUCAAAAAAAAUUUUUUUUUUCGCGUUUACAUGUUUUUAAACGUUUCACGCUAUUUUAAAACAAUAGAAAGAGGGACAAAUCGAGAGUUUGAAAGAGGGAAAAGAAGCUAGAAACACAGCUGAAAUAGUGCUACAGUACGCCAUUUUACCAUUAGCUGGCGCACAGCCAAGUGUGGUCUUGGCGCGAUUUCUCUGCACUCUCCCUUUUUAGUGGAUUAUCGAUUUGUCCGUUCAAAAUUAGCGUGGUUUAAAGAUCCAAUUUUUCCAGAAACUGUGGAUAGUGAAGUGUUUGACACGGGACCGUUCCGACCAAAUUACGCGAUUGGAGCUGGCGAAGUUCACUCAACAGCAUCGCCGUUUGAACUAUCGACAACGCCGAUUGAAAUCAAUGAGAGUCGGAUUCACAAGACUAUUGAGAUUACAAACCGGUAAGAGAAGGAGGAGUUAGCCUAACUUUUGGUUUCUUGUUAAAUUCUAAGAAUCCCCAAAAUUUUAACUAACAGAUAUUCAAAAGGAGCAAAAAAUAGAAGAUGGUCUUGUCUGUAAGUGUAAAAUAAGAAUCCAAUCAAUGUUGUCACAUUAACUUCUACUGAUCUAAUACACCCUUCAAGCACCAUCACAAACUCACAUAUCACACCAAUAAUUUUUGUUCUCCUAACCAUUUUAUGUUCUCCUUAUUUUUCAAGAGAAAAAACCUCGACGUCAACUUCAAAUGCCGCCAAAAAUACUAAUAAUAAACCAGGAGAAAACGAACAAAGAAGAUCAACCCUGGCUAAAAUUGAUACAACAACAUCGAAUAUUGCGGCAACUGAUAAAAGGUGAGAUUUUCCUUGCAUGUUUUGAACGUUUCCCAAAAAUUUGUAACUAAAUUGUCGUUUUGAAAACAAAAUAAUGUAGCUGUGUUUUUUUCAAGGCUUCUUUUUUCCUAUCCAGAUUAUCUUGGCUUCUUCUUUUUUCCCAAAUCUUAUUUUAUUAUGUUUUUUAUAAGAAGAUUGGAUUUUUUGAUAUUAUUUUUUUGCUUUUCGUUUAAUUUUGUGGCUGUCUUUUUUUUUUCUUGCAAGGAUUACUGUAAAUGUGUUCUUAGAUGUCAUUCGACAUUGACUUGAAUGUUCUUUGGAGCAAUGUUCUGAAUAUGAAUUCGUAAGUACUUAUCAUCGAAAAUCUCAUCGGUACCACGCGCUCCAACACGCAACGCAGACCGCGUCGCGCCACAACACAAAAAUUUAAAUUCCCGCCCUUGUGUUUGUGUUGUGGCGCGACGCGGUCUGCGUUGCGUGUUUAUUUCGGUGGAGCGCGUGGUACCGAUGAGAUUUUCGAUAAUAGCACAAUUUUAAAUGUUGUGAAUGGAACACAGAGGGCUGCACACAAAUAUGAAAAAAAACUCACAAUUUUCAAUUUUGCAGGGCUCGCCUCGAAUCGCAAAACGAAUGUUUGUCACCAUCCUCAUUGAAAUCGGCACUUGAUGAACUUCAAAUGGAGCCGAGAUGCAAAUCGCCACAACAUAUCGAUUUGCACACUUUCAGGUUAGGAUUUAGCACAACUUGUUGCCCUGGCCUAGAAAAAUAGCCUAGGAACCGACUCGGCCACGUGUUUUCAUUUUCUGUUUUUUUUCGCGAAAAGUUGAAUUUUUUAAAUCAGCGCGCGUUUUUGUUGAAAAUUUCAUUUUCUAGAGAUGCUGUCGAUGUCAAUUACCAACGAAUGGCCAUAACUGGCGAAGAAUUGAGCGGAGUUCCACUUGAAGAUCUGAAAACCGCCUCCGAACAUUUGAUUGAAGCUCUUCGCCUCCGUUCGCAUUACAUGGAGCGAAUUGGAAAUCAAUUUCCAUCUACAACACGUCAUUUUCUAACUGGUCAUUUCCCGAAUAAUUUGCCGAAACAUCGAGUCAAAAAUACGGAAUCAAGUGAGUAAACCGUUUUUUUCUCUUCUUUCUUCAAUAUCACUUAAUAAUUGAGUUUCAGUUCGACAAUUGUGUAAGUUUUUCUAUUAUAUUUGGGUUCUGUGAAGCACAUAUCAUAUCUAAGCACCCUUUUAUAGGCUUCUCUUGGGCUAAAUAUUAUAUAAAUUUUUUGAAAAAAUGUCCAUUUUCUCUAUCUAUCACACAUUCUAUUUAGUAGUCCGGCACAUUCCAAGUGAACAAGAUUUUGGUGAUGAUAGUGGUAAGGCGUGAUUUAUCUACUUCUACAUUUAUAUUUUUGUAACAAAAGUGUGUUAUGACUAAAAAUAACUAAAAAGUUGCAAUAAUUCAUUAAGUGUUUUCAACAAAAAAAGAAAAAUGAUUUUUUUUGCAGCGGUUCAAACAUCGUUCAAUCCACCGGAUCCACCAAAAGAUCACUGGGGAAAACUUGAACCAAUGCCAAAAUAUGAGAAAUAUUAUACGUUGAAGAGAAAUCGUGGUGUUGUAAGUUCCUAAAAUGGUCCGGCUUGAGCACUUUUAAAAGUGUUCAAAUAUUGAUGAAUGAAACUCAAAAUGCACUAAGUUCACAACAAAAUUGAAGUUGAACAUAAAUUUAAAUUUCAGAAAAAAUGAAAAACUGAAAAAAAAAACACGUAUUUUUUUGGCCCUCGUUUCGCUGUUGGUAUACUGUAUUGACUUGUGCAUUUGCGCGUCACCGUGUAUGCACAAAAAUGUCUCGCGUCUCUCCAUUUUGCGCGCGAUUUUUCGAGAUUUGUCUCGCCACGAACCCGAAACGCUAAAAUAGCGCGCAAAAUUGAGAGACGCGAGACAUUUUUGUGCAUACACGGUGACGCGCAAAUGCACAAGUCAAUACAGUAUAACAACAGUGAAGCGAGGGCCAAAAAAUACGUGUUUUUUUUUCAUUUUUUUCUGAAAUUUUCUGUUCAACUUCAAUUUUUUGUGAAUUAAGUUAGUGCAUUUUGAGUUUCAUUCAUCAAUUUUCAAAAGUGCUCAUAAUCUCCGUUUUCACAAAACAUGGGACAAUUUUAUUUUACAGACCGAAAUCUGUAACGAGGAUGAGAAGAUCGACCCGUUAUUCCAAGAUGUCUACGUUCAGAAAGAGGAAUUUUUGAAUGACACCGAGAAAUUGACAGCAAUGAUUGUUGACGGACCACUCAAAUCAUUCUGUUUCCGUCGAUUGUCCUAUCUUCAAAACAAAUUUCAACUUCAUGUUUUGUUGAAUGAAUUGAGAGAAUUGCAUGAGCAGAAAGGUGUUUCGCAUCGGGAUUUCUAUAAUAUUCGAAAAGUCGAUACUCACAUUCACGCGGCUUCUUCCAUGAAUCAAAAACAUAUGUUGAGAUUUAUCAAGAAGAAGAUAAAGACUGAAGCGGAUGUUGUGGUUUUGGAAAAAGAUGGGCAAAAAGUGACGAUGAAGGAGGUUUUCAAGAAAAUGGGGAUUGAUGCAUAUGAUCUUUCGGUUGAUAUGCUUGAUGUUCAUGCUGAUCGCAACACUUUUCAUCGUUUCGAUAAAUUCAAUACGAAAUAUAAUCCAGUUGGGGAAUCGACUUUGCGCGAGAUUUUCAUCAAAACUGAUAAUUAUGUUGGGGGAAGUUAUUUUGCUGAUCUUUUGAAAGAAGUUUUGUCCGAUUUGGAGGACAGUAAAUAUCAACAUGCUGAGCCAAGACUUUCAAUUUAUGGAAGGGAUAAAAAUGAGUGGGAUAAAUUGGCGAAAUGGGCGAUUACUAAUGAUGUUUGGAGUCCGAAUGUUAGAUGGUUGAUUCAAAUUCCACGGCUUUAGUGAGUUUAACAAUAAGAAUAUAAUUUUAAAAAAUAAAUAAAUACAUUUCAGCGAUAUUUAUCGAUCAAAGAAAAUGGUCAAAAAUUUUGACGAGCUUCUCGAUAACAUUUUCACACCGCUUUUCGAAGUCACAAAUGAUCCAACAACUCAUCCGGAACUUCAUCUUUUCUUGAAACAAGUCUCUGGAAUUGACAGUGUUGAUGAUGAAAGUAAACACGAAUUUGUUCAUGUAAGUUGUAGAAGUUAUGGUAACUUUUCGAUUUUUUUUCGGUAUUCAUCUUAAAGUUGUCGAAAAAACUCGAUAAAAAAAUGAUUUUGUAGCUAAAAACUUCAAUUUUUCAAUAGAAUAACGAAUGUUGCUUGAAUAAAGUUUUGAAACGGAAAAAACACGAAAUAGGUUAACUUUUUUGUGUUUUUUCCGUUUCAAGAUGUUUGUCGAGCCACAUUUGUAAGUUUAUUGAAAAAUUGAAGUUUUUAGCUAGAAAAUCAUCGAGUAUUUUUGUCAAAAAUAAGGAUUUUAUGAAAAAAAAUCGAAAAAGUUAUUGUAACUCAAUUUCGUUGUAAGCAUUUUCCCAAUUCUCGUUUUUUUUCAGUUUGAUCGUUCAACACCUUGUCCAUCUGAUUAUACCGACGCAGAAAAUCCACCAUACAACUAUUAUCUCUUCUACAUGUACGCAAACAUCUGUGCUCUAAAUGCAUUCCGCCGUGCUCGAAAUCUCAACACUUUUUCACUUCGCCCACAUUGCGGUGAAGCUGGACAUGUUUCACAUUUAUUGACCGGUUAUUUGACAAGUGAAAGUAUUGCUCAUGGUAUUUUAUUGAGAAAAGUUCCAGUGCUCCAAUAUUUGUUCUAUUUGACACAAAUGGGAAUUGCAAUGUCGCCGUUGUCAAAUAAUUCAUUGUUCAUCAGUUAUCAAAGAAAUCCGCUUCCGGAAUAUUUGCAAAAAGGACUCAAUGUUUCACUUUCAACUGAUGAUCCACUACAAUUUCAUUAUACAAAAGAGGCGUUGAUGGAAGAAUAUUCGAUUGCGGCACAAGUUUGGAAGUUGAGCUCAUGUGAUAUGUGCGAACUCGCUAGAAAUAGUGUUAAUCAAUCUGGUUUUGAAGAUAAGGUUUGUUUUUCAUCAUUAUUUUUAAAAAAUUUCAAUAUAUUUUUUUCAGGUGAAAAUUCAUUGGCUCGGACCGAAUUUCAAAGAAGAAGGAGUUUUGGGAAACGAUAUUCAUCGCACAAAUGUUCCGGAUAUCCGUGUCAGUUUUAGACACGAAGCACUUGUUGAUGAACUUUAUAAUCUCUUCCGUGUUCAACAAAUUAUGAAACCCCAAUAG